AUGAUUCUGGUCGCAGUAGCCCAUGUCAACCCCGGAUUCUGGUCUUCGCAGGCGUCCAAAACCCGUAUUGCGCCUGUUCCAACCGGUCUUCUUGAUCCAACGGCGAAGCUGCGAAGCGCGAAGCGCGUGUGCCAGGCCGAAGAGACGAUCAUGCCAUCCAUCACAUCUGCUAUGCACUAUAUCCGGAAUGAGCCUGCUAGAUCACCGCCAAACGGGCGAAGGAGUGGUCGUCAAAUGGCUAUCCGUCUUCUCGGGACGAAUCAGAAGUGCAGAAUAGAACCGCCUGCCGGGUAUAACCUUUCCCUUGCAGAGGAGUCGCAGCAUCCGUACAAGCAGAACAGCAAGCAAGCCAAUCGCGCCAUCCAGCAGCGUCAUGGAGACAAUCGCUCACCCUGCUCUCCGCUUUUCCACCACUUCUGCUUCGGUUUUCUUUCUUUGCAGGCCUCCUUCCAGAGCAUCGGGUCCAAAGUCGGUGAAGACAAUAUUGCUCUUGUUCCGGGAAGGAAUCCAAAUCGAUGUGCUCCUGCCUCAUUUGGAUGUUCGAAACAGACUCGGUGCCGAGUUGAAUGGCUCGCCAUCUGGCAAUCGACAUGGCGUCGAACGUUUCCCAGGAAGAGGGAACGGGGGUGGAAGAUUGCGCCCGCAUUCCAGGUUUCCAGACUUCCAAUGACUGCUUUGCGACAUCCACCGCGAGAUCCGCUUUCCAAGAGGCUCAUGCUUGCUGUACCACCGAGACAUGAAGAUGUGGGAUGUACCUUUCGGGCUACUCUCGCAGUAACUUUGGUGUCCAGGCGGCGUCGCCUCAGCCGCGUAUCAGUGUAUGUCAAGCCGCAUACCCCGCGCGCUCAAAGAGGAACUUCACCUACUCGAGACACGUUCACUACCCUGGAAGACACGACUAAUAUGCGGAACAUCGUGCGCGAAGUAUCGAGGCUGGAGUAUAGCUGCCUGCGAGAUGGGCGCGGAAGGCUGAAGCCAUGGUCUGCCGAAUUGGCCUGGCGGUGUGCGCGGCCCGUUUGGCGGCCAGCUGCGGUUCCAUCACAAAUACCCAGGGGUGAUGACCGGCUAGACGAGAAGUUCAAGUGGGCCAAACAGACGUCACAGCUUGUCGGUAACUCUGUCCCAAUAUGGCCCUCGCCGACAAAGUCGAUGCUGAAGCUCGCUUCCCCUCAAUGCUGCCUGAAACUGGGGCACGAUUCUGAUCGGAAUGGCUUGACGUUGUGGGGGCAGCACCGCUUCGAAAUUGUGGGUUGGAACUUGAAGCGCUUCGAGAAAGCAUCCUUCGAUGAGGUUGACUUUGGAGGAUUUUGGCGUUGUGGGGUUGUUGGAAGAAAGAAAGCUUCCCGUCAGUUAGCGCGAACGGUGGAGUUCCAAAGGUCAGCUGAUCUCGCAACGUUUCCCAGCAAGUACAAUCAUUCUUUUCAGUUCGAUACCUUACCGCAUAAACCCCAGUUCGUGUUGCUCUUCAUUUUCCAAGCUGCUCUACGUUCUCGGGGAAUCAUCGGGUAUUCGCUGAUCGAGCAUAUCCAAAGAUGCGAAAUGAUUAAGCCUGAUCGACAACUAACUCAAGAUACGUUCGUCCAAUCUGACUAUACGCUACAGCAAGUGCCAGAAGUUGAGGUGCAGCACUACAGCAGCAACGCACCGACUAUAUGCAUGCUGAACCUAUCAAGGGCAGGCUACGUUUUUCAGUUCAACAUUAACAACUUGCUUGAUGGCCCAAAUUCCAUGAAGAACCUCGACUUCAGUCCCGCAUAA